UGUAGAAGAAGUAGUUUGUCAGUCGCCCAGUCUCCAGUGCUAGACCUCUCAGCAAGGUGUCUCCCCGGCCACCGUCGUCACACACGACCAGUCUGCCCUGAAGACACCCACCCAGUCCCGGGUCCCUUGCUUAAACUUCUCCACCGGUGGUAAGAGCCAGCUGUUUACGGCCAUGGCAACGAGUGCGAAGCGAAAGCAGGAGGAGACUCAUCUGAAGAUGCUCCGGGAAAUGACUAGCCUUCCCGCGAAUAGGAAAUGCUUCGACUGCGACCAGCGCGGCCCGACCUAUGUCAACAUGACAGUGGGCUCCUUCGUCUGUACCACCUGCUCUGGGAUCUUGCGAGGACUGAAUCCCCCACACAGAGUGAAGUCCAUCUCUAUGACCACAUUCACACAACAGGAAAUUGAGUUCCUACAGAAACACAGCAAUGAGGUCUGUAAACACAUCUGGCUGGGCCUCUAUGAUGACAGGACAUCAGUUGUUCCAGAUUUCAGAGAACCACAGAAAGUAAAAGAGUUUCUUCAGGAAAAAUACGAAAAGAAAAGAUGGUAUGUUCCUCCAGACCAGGCAAGGGCAGUCGGAAAUGUCCAGGCCUCUGUAUCCGGCUCCUCAGCCAGCAGCACUGGUAGUACCCCAGAAGUCCAACCCCUCAAGACCCUGCAGCUCAACAAGACCCCACUGCGCCAGUCUCCAGGGCUAGCUCGUUCCCAGGCUCACAGCACUGCUCAGGAGAAGAAGUUUGACUUACUCUCUGAUUUGGGAGGAGACAUCUUUGCUGCUCCACCCACUCAGACUUCUAGCUCUACCAACUUUGCCAACUUUGCACAUUUUCCAAGCCAGUCAGCACCUCAGGGUAAUUUAAAUACCAACUUUGCCAACUUUGAGGCAUUUGGAAACACUGCAAUUCCAUCCCAUGUGAGCACAUCACCCCCCUCAAAGUCCUUUUCGUCAGGGGGAGGUGUGCCAAUCCCGUCAGUGUCUAGCGCCGUCCCCGCCCAGUCCCAAACAGGAAGCCACACAGAGGAUCGCUAUGCUGCUCUGGCUGAGUUGGACAAUGAGCUAAGUACCACCGUCUCCACAGGCAGCAAUGUGCAGGGAAACAUAUUUGGACCAGUCCUUGGCUCAUCGCCAGCCCAGAAUCCGCCUGUGUUACCCAGCAUGCAGCCUGGCUUUGGAGCCGUCCCAUCCACAAAUCCCUUCGUUGCUGCAGCUGUUGCCCCGGAGAUGGCCACCAACCCCUUCCAGACCAAUGGCAGAGCUCCAGCUGCAGCCUCGUUCGGCACUGGCUCUAUGAGCAUGCCUGCUGGCUUUGGGAAUGUGUCUUCCUACUGCCUCCCGACCAGUUUCAGCGGAAACUUCCAGCAGCAAUUCCCUGGCCAGGCUCCUAUCCCUUACUCUCAACCUGGGGCCUAUCACCCUCAGUCUAAUGGCCCUGCGUUCCCAGUGUAUGGUCAGAAUAAGCCCUCCAUGACGCCCUUUGGGCAGCCCAUGGCUGGCCCUGGCAUGUCCAAUAACCCUUUCAUGGCAGGGGCUCCAGCUGGGUCAUUCCCUUCAGGGGGUUCAUCCACCAACCCUUUCCUGUAGCACCACUCCUCACCAGUGGAGGGCAGCAUGCAGCACAUAUUCAACUCACUCGUUACUUCAUGCAGUUAGAAGCAUUACACAAAAAAAAAAGACUUACGUUUUUGUUUUCCUUUCAUGAAAAGUUUACAACACUAUGAAGGAGUACAAAGGACUAUAUAAGGACUAAGGGACUGUUAUGGGGGAAAUGUACUGUUUGGACUAUAUACUAUACGUUAUAUGCUUUUUAUUUUUUGUUUAUUACUGUAAGCUCUGUGCAUAUCAUUAUAUCACCAUUUGUAAUCACAAUGAAGUACAUGUUAUGUAUAACAAGGACUGAGCUAACAAGGGUGAGUAUACACACACUUUGUGGGGGAAAAAAACCCACUACAAACUAUCAACAUAGUUAAGGGUAUACACUUUAAGCUUAUUAACAGGGUUCCAUCCAAAUCCAUGAUUGUGUGGUUUGAAGCAACUGUGACAAUGCAGGUAUUUCAUUUUGAAAAGGGAUUUCUUUUUCUUAUUUUAGCAGAAUUGCUACUGUACUGUUAAUAAGGUGCAAAAUGUCCUUGAUUAACUUAGAGAUCCAGAUCUGAGUUGCCUAUAACCCAAAGCAACCAAACCCACAUGUUUUUACUGUCUGUAUCUGUGAAGUUGUGACAGAAGUGUAGGGGCUAAAUUUUGGUUUGAAACCAGGGACAGUUUGUUAAACAUGAACCAGCAGAGACUUCAGAUUAUUUAGCCCACCAGGUAAAGGGAUGGGCAUGUCUACUAGAGCACAAAUGGAGUAAAUAGACAAGAAGUACAGCCAUUAAGAUGAGUAUUUCUUUGUCCCUUUACAGUACCUUACCUAAUCUAUAAAUCAUAGUUAAAAUUGUUAAAUGUACUCUCAUUAACCUCUCCUGUUGGUUGAAGAUGUCAGAGGAACAAAUGUCAGCUAUUCACUAUAUUUUAUAAACAUGUAAAAGACUAAAGGAAAGACUGUUAAGAAAGCUUCAGGGUUGUGGGUGUGACCCAGAUUGGGUUGCCUCAAUCAAAACAAUGAACUGUUGAUAUUGUUGCUGGCGACUUGUCCUCUUGGCGAGCUGCCACGGGUUUAACAGACCCUGCCUUGACAAAAAAGUACAUUUGCAAACAAAAUAUUAAUGAGAUGUGACCUAUGUCGUAUCAGCCACAUUUCCUUGAUAUCUGUCUUUGCCUUUUGGUUUAAAAAGCUUUUGGAGUAAAGAGCAGGAUGAGGAUCAAUACUGAGCUGCUUUCAGGUUGCUUUAAAACAAGGAAAGGGAAAGGGACAGUUUGAUUUAGGGAUUAUUACACUAUUGGAUCAGCCUGGGAGAGCUAGGGUCUCUGUUGUUCCACCAAUGACUAACAGUGAAUUUGAAAAUGUGUUUCUUGUCUUUACAAGAAUAGGUAAGUAAAUGUGUACAUAUAUAAAUAUAUGUAUAAAUAAAUUAAAAGAUUUUUAACUACAA